GAAAGCGGAAAGCGGUUGGUUAUAUUUGGAAUUUAGGUUUGUUUUUAUCAUAACGUUUAAUAUUAAAUACAUUUUAUAAGUGUUUCGCAAAUUAUUUAUUGAACUGUGGAUUCAACGGUCUUUAAAUGCUGUAUAACUUAUUGCUGAUGGGCGUUCAACAGUUUCUAACAUAAUAUUGUUAGAUUUUCAAAGAUUAAAGGCAAGAAAGGAUCGAGGAAAAUGUCAGACUGUAAAGUUCCAGAAAAUAAAAGUGAACCGGAAGCUGGGCCUUCUACUUCACAAACAGAAAAUGUUCAACAGAAAGCAUUAAUUCCUUUUGUGAGCUUGCCAAAAGUUGUUUUGACAAGGCUUGAUAUCAACAAUUUACCAGUUCCAGUCAAUACAAAGCCGACUAAGAAACCAGUAAAAAGGAUAGACAAGAAAAGUAAACCUAACCCUUCAAAGAGCAAUUCCAAACAGACUGUACCUAACAACAAGCAUGACAUCAGAACUCGAGGUAGACCAAAAAAAAAUUACAAGGCGUUGGCAGAAUUUGGAACAUCAUUCAUUGAGUCAAAUGACAGUAAAGUUAAAACCAAACAGCCCCCCCGAACCAUAAAAAAAGAGUCCGAUGUGGAAGACAGUCCAGUGAAAAACAUACUUAAAAAGACCAUGCUCCAAAAAAGGAGCAAAAUAGCUCUUCCUCCAUCCAACAAAAGGAAAUUUCCGCCAAUAAAAGUGUCGCCAAAAAAAACUAAAGGAAUAUCGUUUUCCACUGUACAAACACGUAAGAAAGAGUCGCCACCAAAAGGAACAAACAGCUCGUUUAAAAUGGAUACUAACGACUCUGAAGAUGAAUUUUUGUUCGACGAGUUGAUUGACGAGAUUGUAAAUGCGCCCAAGAAAAAGACAGUUCCAGAGAAAACCACCAAUAUAACUCUGAAACCCAAUGCUGGAAAUAAACCCCCAACAAUUGUCAAAGGCGGAAUUGUUAAAAAGAGUAGUUUGCCCCCGGAUUUAAAGUCUGUAGCAAGUCCAACUUCACUGAACAGCACCAAACAUACUGUAAUAUCGUUAAACGUCAACCGGAAGUCAUCAGUGAUGGAAAAUGCAAUAAAAUCGCCAGCUACCGCAGAAACUCCUUCUGCAAGUUUGCCCACAAAGGCUUCUCCUUUCCCAAUAUCCAUUAACUCCCCUAAAGCUGGACCAAAAGAUCUAGGUAAGAAAAGGCAAAAAAUUGUUGCAGCUUCUGAAUCCUCGAAUGAGCUACCUCCAAAUGAAUUCUACUCUCCUGCAAAGCCAACUAAACAAAUGGGACCCGCCAAAAAGCCGAAACCCCCAGUUACAUCCACCCCCAGACCAAGAGGAAGGCCGAGAAUAGGUCCCAAGCAAGUGAACAGGACUUUACCAAGUCCAUCGGCCGAUGACGAAUCUGAUGAAUAUACUGAAGUGGAGACUCUAGAAAAUUUGGAUCCAGAGGAUGAACUGUCAUCUAAUGUUGCAAAUGACACUGUGGUUAAUGAAGAGGUCCAAAUAAUAUCAAAUCAGACGUCUAAAAGCCCUUCCAAACUUGAAACCGCACCAUCUACUGAUGAUAAAAGUACAAAGGAUGGAGACCCUCAUCUAGAUCUUCUUAGGAUAUUGACGGAUGAAACAGAAAAUGCUACAGAAGUCGAGACAAAUGUAUCCCAAGAGGACAAUACAGAACAUCCCCACCAAUCUAAUGACCCGAUACAAAAUUUAACAGAUUCUGAUAUUUCUAAAAAGCCAUUACGCCCUGACGCCGACGCCAACAACGCCUGUGUCGAGGGAUCAGGUAAUCCAUCCGAUCUCCAAGACAAAAAAUCAACGGUUAAACACGGGAAAGAUACUUCGAACCCAGUCACUGAACUGAGUGUACCUAGUAAUCCUGUGGAAGAAGAAACCCAAUCCAUUCGAACUAUAUAUGAUCUAAUGAAUGACGUUUCACUGCAGUAUCCGAGUUGGAAUCUUCAUAUAAUACCCGAAACCAACGCUUUUUGUAUUGCACAAGUCACAAAGGGCCGGCUUGGUCUACCUACGCUAAAGAAAUGCAUUGAAUUGGACCCUGAAACUUACAGUGCGAAAGUUUAUAUUCACCAAUAUCAUAUCAAGAGGUUCGACGGGGUUUACGACAGCGAAGAAGCUAUUGUUGCUUUGAUAGAAGAGAUUCAUUCUAUUAAGGCGUAAACACCAAAACAAAGAAUAUCUUUUACCUCAAAGGUAUUGUAAUAAUUUAAGAGACCCUUUAGCUAUUUACGAGAUUUUUAAUCGUCACAUUGUAGAAAAAACGUUUAUUUACAGUAAAGCAUGUUGUAAAGUUGUACUUGUUAGAUUUUUUGCACGAGACAAAAUCAAGCCUACACUUUUAUAGAUAUGUCAUACUUUAGGAUCAGGUGUAGACAAUUCAACGACGUUAACAAGGCAUAUGUUUAUGUACGGUGUAAAUAGAGCUCAAUUUGAUGUUUCUUUAAUUGUUUUCACUACAUGUUUAAAGCCAUUUAGAGAAAAUAAGACGACAUAAUUAUGGAAAAAAGAAACGCCCCCACAUUUACCGGACGGAAUUAACAUCCAAACUGUCUCUAGCUUAAUUAUACGGAUGAUAAAUCUAUAAUAAUAUAGUUAUUCUAUGGUGGUUGGACUGAGGUGAAUUGCUACAGUAGAACUCCAGUUUUCCGAAUCGCUUACAGAACGAAUUUUAUUAAUCCCAGUAACUCUUGUUUUUAAAGGCAGAAGCUAUGAUCUUGGUCAAAUCCAAAGGCUCCCUAGCGGUCGUAUAGACAUCGUCUUUCGCGGUCUCGGAAUACAUAGUUAUUGUUUAUGGUUAUUGUUGUAAGAUCGCGGCCAAAUCUUGUGUAGAAGUGAUCAUCGUCUCCUGCAGUCUUAGAAAUUCGUUGGUAACGGGGGUUUAUAAGGGAAUUUUAUAUUGUGUAAAAAUUGGUUUCCCCAUUUUGAACUGUUUUAACUUGUCAAUUAACUGAUUUUGAUUAAAUCUGGAAAAUUUAUUUAGUUCAUACACUAAUGUUAUUUAAAUAGGGAGUAAAUAGGAGAUAUUUUAGCGAAAUACCAUAGGCAAAUGAAAAUUCGCUUAGUCUGCAACUGCAUGUUUCCCACGGCGCGGUGGGGGUAUUUUAUCAUCCAAAUGUGAUGCAGUCCCAAUUCAUUCGGAUGGUUGGUUGGAGUUCUACUGUAAUUGAAAAGUUUUAAAUACAUUAUUUAGCAAACGGUUCAGUGUUUAAAUGAUUAGCUUGGCAUUGUAUCAUGAUUCACGAUAAGGCCAAGCUGAAAUAUUACUGGCAGUUAGCUAUGAAUAAAUAUAGGUUUUUGUUCUUAUUGGUGACGUUUAUGUUUUAAAAUUUAAGAACUAACUGAUAUAUUUUGUAAAUAAAUAAUUGAGUUUUUAUCAAUUGAGGUUUAGUGUAACUUAUGUAUUCAGUACAGUUUGUUUGAGAAGUUAAAAUAUGAAGUUAGUCAAAUGUUAUGAGUUAAAAGUAUCUAAUAUAGCCCACCUAACAAAAUUUGUAUAUAAUUAUAAUAUAUAUUUGAGGUCAUCAGUUCUACAUUUAUUACCUUUACUACUUUUUCUGUGCACAUUCCAACAUUUCAAACCCGUCAUAUCUGUUCUAGUAGGCCUAUUAAAUUUAUAUUGAUCAUUUACAAUAUAAUUAUAUUGUAUCUUGAAUUCCACUGAUAAACAUUUUGCGAGAAAACUUUCAAAGGUAAUAUAUGAAAAAGCAAGAUAUGUGUUUGUAUAUUCUGAUUACUUUAUGAUAUUUAUUUUAGGAUUACAGCCAGAUAUGCAAUUGUCUUAAUCGAAGUGAAUGUUGUAAAUGGUACGGUAACUUGAGACCGAACCAAAUUUAAAGUAGUUUAGAAAUCAUAACGUUCCUUUGUCCAAAAGUGGUCGCCAGCUCUACCAAAAAUGUUUGGUUCUCAAACGCUCGUACAAAAAAAACCUCGUACAAGCACCGCAUAGGAACUAAAAAUAUUUUGCCUAGUCUGUUGUCUUCGAUAUCUUCUAGAGACAGUUGGCAAAAUGUGUUUUUGGGCCAUAAUGCUGUAUAUUCUGUUCUUUUAAGGAUUCUCCCCACUUUCAGCUGUCAGACGUUUCAAAAUCAAAGACGAGGUUGAGUGGAUGGAGUGGGAGUCGUUUCCCAUAUGAGUCCUUGGAGGCUAGCGGCCAUCUUGGAUAAUUUUAAACAGCUACUGAAGAGUUGUUUAUCGUUCAAAAAUAAACACCAAAGUGAUUGCAAUUUAAAUAUAUAGUGAACUGUGAUAUUAUAAAUGUUCUUUUAUAGUUUUGAAUUGUUUUCCAAGGGAAUCCAUGUAAGCUUACGGCCGGAUUUGCCCGCCAUAAGAGUAAUGUUAAUUUCUGAAGAGUUAUUUACCAUCUCAAAUUAUUUUUAAAACACCAGAGUGAUUAUAGUUUAACUAUCUAUUACACCGUGAGAUUCAAAUUUUCUUUGUAGUUUUUUUAAUUGUUUACCGAAUUAGAAGGUCUAGGCUCCAAGGACUUUUAUACAGCCUGAAUUUGUGAACGAAGCAUGGACAAAAUUUAACAUCCUUGAGAGAGGUUUCCAUAUCACAAGAAUCAAUAGAACCAGAAUAGUGUCACAUUUCUAAACUAUCUAAACUUUAUAUAGUGAAUAGACACUUCUGAUCGCAAUAAAUUAACGUGGCCGUAAUUAGAUUUUAAAUAUUAACGUUUACAAAAGUGUUAUGAAUGUAAAAAAAGAAAUACUGUAACAUAGAUGAAGAUGCAACUUGUCUACUUUAGCCUAUAUGGAAGUGUUGGCCAUUCGUUUACACAGUUGUAUAACCAAAGGCUAGAUUGAAUAUGUGACGCAUACAAUUGUAUGAAAACAACUUUGACUUGUCCAUGCAUGUAAAAAUCACAAAUAAACGUCUUAUGUCUUUGACAAG